AUGGCUGCUCUUCCCGUCUGGGCUUUGAAGGUGGCCUGCUACUACGGCAUUAUAACAUGCAACACCCGCCCCGGAGUUUGGAGCAACGGCAAGCCUUCAGUCGUUGCUUGGGAGCCUCCCCACACCACAACUACUCAAAAGACAACUACAACGCGUAUUGUGAAGGCGACUACCACCGGUCUGCCUGAUUUCACCACCACUACUCAUUCCUUGACUACCACCACUGCUGCUUUGAAUACUUUCACAAUCGCUUUGCCUUCUGACACGAGUGUCAUUGUCACUGUCCCUAUUGAGACUGUUUCGCCAGCUACCUCAUCUCCUUCGACCUUUCUUAUCUCGACCUCGGCGUCCUUGAUAAAUACCUUGAGCUCUCCCGCUGGUUCAUCAUCAUCAUCAUCAUCAGCAGCCUCUUCCAGCUCGCCUACUUCUAGCUCUGCACCCGGUUCUUCUGUAGCUUACAGCUCGGCCUCGUUCAAUCCCUCCCCAAGCUCUUUGAUAUCAUCAUCGACCAUGGCCUCCUCUGCAGUCUCCAUCUCGGCGAGUGCUCCCGCAGCUCCUGUCAGUCAUGCUACUGUUGCCAGCAACAUUCUGGUGAUUGCAAAGGAUACCGCGUCUGCCGGUGUUGCUUCCUCCGGUCUCAAUGCCUACGGUAUUCCAUUCACCACUUUGAUUGUUCCUCAGGCUGGUGUCAAACUCCCCGCUUUCAACACCAGUGCUGGAGGUAAAUUCGGCGGCAUUGUCGUUGCCUCUGAAGUCAGCUACGACUAUGGAACCGAUGGCUACCAGAGUGCUCUAUCCACCGACCAGUGGAACCAGCUGUACGCUUAUCAGCUUGAGUAUGGCGUCCGCAUGGUUCAGUACGACGUCUAUCCCGGCCCUAACUACGGCACCACUGUCGUUGGCGAUGGUUGCUGUGCUUCUGGCGUCGAGCAGGAUGUUUCCUUUACCGAUAUCAGUGACUUCCCCACCUCUGGUCUGAAGACUGGCGCUGGUGUCAGCACUGAGGGCCUGUGGCACUACCCUGCUACUAUCAGCAACACCACAUCCACCAAGCAGAUUGCUGCCUUCGCUGCCAACUCGGUCACUAAUCGCGAAACUGUUGCUGCUGUCAUUAACGACUUUGAUGGUCGUCAGCAGAUGGCUUUCUUCAUCGGCUUUGACACUACUUGGAGUGCCACCUCGAGUUAUCUGCAGCACGCCUGGAUUACCUGGAUUACACGCGGUAUCUAUGCUGGAUACCGUCGUGUCAACCUGAACACCCAGAUUGAUGACAUGUUCCUGGAGACCGACAUCUACUCGCCCAGUGGCAAGACUUUCCGUAUCCGCACCCAGGACAUGGAGGGCAUCAAAAACUGGAUUCCUACUAUUCUUGCCAAGAUGAACUCCGGCAGUGUCUAUUUCCCUGAGGUUGGUCACAACGGUAAUGGAAAUAUUGAGAACUCCUCAGACACCGACGCAGGAUACACUGCCUGCAAUGGUGGCGGCAUCGAGUACGACUCCCCUCCAGACACUGCCCUUGAGUUCCAGAAGCCCUUGGGUACCGGUACCAAUUUGUGGCCCGCUACUCCUACCGUCUACGACUGGACCACCGCCUGCACCAAAAUGGACCCUCUCCUCAUCUGGUGGACCACCACCGACAACCUGAACAACUUCGGUUCCAUCUCCCACACCUUCACGCACGAAGAGCAGGAUAAUGCCACCUACUCCGAUGUCUACAAAGAGAUUACCUUCAAUCAGGCCUGGCUGAAGCAGGUCGGAAUAGACCAGUCCAAGCACUUCACUGCCAACGGUAUCAUCCCCCCGGCCAUAACUGGUCUGCACAACGGCGACGCACUUCGAGCCUGGUACGAGAAUGGCAUCACCAACUGUGUCGGUGAUAACACCCGUCCCGCUCUCCUCAACACUGAGAACGUCCACUGGCCCUACUGGACCGUGACUGCCACAGACGGCUUCGAUGGCAUGCAGGUCAACCCCCGCUGGGCUACUCGCAUCUACUACAACUGCGACACUCCCGCCUGUACCGUGGCCGAGUGGAUCGCCACCUCCGCCGGCAGCGGCACCUUCGACGACCUCCUCGCAACCGAGAAAGCCGAUACCAUGCGCCACCUGUUUGGUCUUUACCAUGAAGGCUACAUGUUCCACCAGGCCAACCUGCGCAACGCCGACGUUGACGCCAUCACCAUCAAUGGUGUCUCCGCCAAGUACUCCAUCUUCCAGGCCUGGGUCGAGACUCAGGUCCAGGAGUUCGUCCGUCUUGUCGACUGGCCCCUGGUGACUCUCAAGCACGCCGAUAUGUCUGCCGCUUUUCUGGCCCGUUUUAACCGUGAUAAGUGUGGCUACACACUCAGCUACACCACCGCCGACCAGAAGAUCACAGCGGUGACUGUCUCUGCUACUGGCAACACUUGCAGCGAGCCUAUCCCUGUGACCUUUCCCGUUGCUCCUUCUAGCACCCAUGGCUUCACCACCGAACAGCUGGGCAGUGACCCCCUGACUGUCUGGGUCCAGCUGUCCGGAUCGCCGGUUACUUUCACACUGGCUACUCCCAUUGAUCUUGUCUAA